UAUACAGUAGGUGGCGGUAAUCCUUCUAAGGAGUGAGCGGCCAUUAAUCAGACGAAGAAGAAGAAGCAUCGCUUCUUCGCUCAUUCAGUCAGCGCGUUUGUUGUGUCUUCUGAGGCCUGAUGGAGGACAGUGAAGUGGAGGAGAAACAUCAUGUCACAACUGGAGAAAUGGACCAGGAAUGUUUCAUCUGCGGUCAGUGUGGAAAUAGUUUCACAUGUAAACAGAGUCUCGAGGAUCACAUGAAGAUCCACACUAAAGAGAAACCGUUCACAUGUGAUCAGUGUGGGAAGAUUUUUACACAACAAGAACCCCUUAAGGAUCACAUGAUCAUCCACACUAGAAAGAAACAGCAUGAAUGUGAUCAAUGUGGCAAAACAUUCUUGUGUACUUCAGCCCUGAAGAGCCACCUGAAAGUUCAUUCUCAGGAGAAACCACAUUCAUGUUCUUUGUGUGGAAAACGUUUAAAAUACAAACUGAGUCUUGAGAAUCACAUGAUGAUCCACACUGGAGAGAAACCGUUCACAUGUGAUCAGUGUGGGAAGAGUUUUAGACAAUCAUCAAACUUUAAGGAACACAUGAACAUCCACACUGGAGAAAAGCCAUACGAAUGUCCUAUAUGUCGCAAAACAUUUUCAAGGGCUACAGGCCUAUACACCCACCUGAAAGUUCAUUCAGAGGAGAAACCAUAUUCAUGUUCUUUGUGUGGAAAGAGUUUUUCACUGAUGCAGAAUUUAAAAGUUCAUGAAAAAAUACAUACUGGUGUAAGAGAUCACAAGUGCUUGGAGUGUGGGAAGAGUUUUAUUACAUCUGCUUAUUUAAAACUUCACUGGAGGUCUCACACUGGAGAGAAACCUUACAAGUGUUCGUACUGCGACAAGAGAUUCAGACGAUCAGGACAUCUGAAAACACACGAGAUGAUCCACACUGGAGAGAAACCGUUCACUUGUGAUCAGUGUGGGAAGAGUUUCACUCAAAUAUCUUCUCUACUCAGUCAUAAAAAAUACAAUCACAGUAAGUAGAUCAUCUUCAGAUCCAGAAGCCGUGACACACAAAUACCAUCGAGCAAUAUAAAUCUGUCCUAACCAGCCACAACGAGCGACAGGGCAAAGAAAAAGUUCAUUUUGAAGACCAGCAGUGUCAGAUCAACUGUGAGAUCAACGCAAAGAUGGACAGUAUCUAAAAAGAUUUAUUCUUGUAUAAUUUUGCUUCAUUGUAUAAAAUAUACCCCAAAAUGAAAUUUCAUUCAUUAAUUACC